AUGGAGCGCGCCGCCCCCGAGUAUUCGCAGUCAGGUUUGCCUUCGCCCCAUCCUAGUGUCGUCGGCGACACGCAGUCUAAGGCGGAACCUGUAGAUACGGCGUCUGCUGCUGCUCAAUACGCGACACAGCAAGAGGCGCGGUCGGCCAGCUACUCCAACUCGGCCACUCCCACCUCGGAUUACAACGUGUACCCGACCACUUCACGGUCUGCCACUUUCACAGAGAUGCAGCGCUCCUACCACCCCGCUAGCAAUCCCAAUGGGAGCGGCGGAGGGAUGCCUCAAACACCAACAAGUCCGUCCAUGCCUCUGCCAGAUGGGCGCAGCCAUCAGAAUCCCCAGCCGGAGCAGGCCAAGUCUGACAGCACUCUGCCUAUAGAUCCAUCCAUUGCAGGUGCCAGCCCGACUUACGCGACACACAACCAAUACCCUCCCUAUGCCGCCCCGCCCCAAGACAUGUCUCAAGGGUACCAGCACCCGGGUACACCAGGCUUGUACACUCAGCCUCGCCCCGACUGGGGCGGUUACGGCCAGCAACCCGGCCCAUAUUACCGGCACCCACAUCUUCCACCAGGCGCCCGCGGCCGCCGCUGCCCCUGGCCGCCAACAUCAAUUUGGCUAGACAUGGUGCUAACCGUGCCCCAGGUCUACAGCUUCGUCCCUAUUCCGGGCGCACAGCAGCACAAGCGUCCCAGGAGGCGAUUCGAGGAAAUUGAACGCAUGUACAAGUGCGGCCAUAACGGGUGUGAGAAGGCUUAUGGCACACUAAACCAUCUCAAUGCACAUGUGACAAUGCAGGCUCAUGGUGUCAAGCGAACACCUGAACUGUUCAAGGAUAUUCGCCGAGAGUGGAAGGCCAAGAAGAAGGAAGAGGAGGCGCGCAAGGCGGCUGCCGCUGAAGAAGACCGGCAGCGACAGGCGGCUGCUGCAGCGGCUGCCGCUGCCGCCCAAAAUGGAGGCGCCGACCCGCAAGCUGGCGUGGAUGCUGCUCAGCCCCCAACAUCUUAUCCUGGCUCAGGAACCGUCCAAUUGCCUCCCAUCGGCUAUCAGACCGCCCGAUAUGCGGGACCGCCCCCAGCCGGCAUGCAGCAGCAGAUGCCCGAGUAUAGUUACCCCGGUUACUCGCCAGCAUCACCAUACGGCCAGUCGGGCCAGCAGAUGUACAACCCACACAAUGGCGGCCAACCCCCGAGCCAUUAA